UUCAUGUACUGCUAGUUGGUGCACUUAGCACCAUAAAGUGAUAUGUAAUCAUUCACUUCUAAAUAUCAUAAAUCUUUAUGAUUCGAGUCCUUUAAAAAUUUUAUGUAUGGCGAAAGUUUUAGCGUUUUGCUUCACCCUUUGUUGUCAAAAUCAUAUUUUUUUUUUUCUUGGAAAAUGAAAGAUUUUCAUAUAACCCUAUGUCAUCUAAUAACACCUGCGACCACAACAAAAAUAGAAAAUAAAAUAAACAAAACCUACCAAAUUCUUCUUCUAUAUUAGGAACCCCUCUCCCCACUUUAUACAACUCUCUUUCAUAAUCUUGAAAACUAUAACCAUAUUUCACCCAACUUAUCUCCAAACUCAACUCACACCCCUCCAACUCUAAAAGUCCCACCACCAUCAUUUUCAGUUAUCCCUAUCGUUCACCAUUAUCAUGACGGAAAAAGAAUGCAUCCAUCGCGACGACGAGGAGGGGUCACCCCUCCUCCGCCGCGCAAUCGCACUCUUGAUCGCGUUCGUAGUCCUCGUCCUAUUCACCAUCCUCCUUGUUUAUCUCAUCCUGCGUCCAACAAAACCACAUUUCAUCCUCCAGGACGCUACUGUCUACGCGUUCAACACCUCUGCCCCCUUUAAUUUCCUCACGACCAACGUACAAAUUACGAUUGCUUCUCGUAACCCUAACGAUAAAAUCGGAAUUUACUACGACAAACUUGUUGUCCACGCAACGUACCGUGGACAACAAGUUACACUACCAACGUUGUUGCCACAAACGUAUCAAGGUCAUAAAGAUGUGUCGAUAUGGUCACCAUUUGUGUAUGGUAAUAAUGUACCAAUUGCACCUUACUUAGGUAAUGAAAUUAGUCAAGAUAUAAGUGUUGGUUCAAUUUUAUUAAAUGUUAAGAUUGAUGGAAGAAUUAGGUGGAAAGUUGGAAGUUUUAUUACAGGGAAAUAUCAUUUGUAUGUGAAUUGUCCAGCUUAUGUUGGUGUUGGUGGAAAAAUGGUUGCCAAUAGUGUUGUUGUUGGGAAAUCAUUAGCUACAAAGUAUCAAUUGGUGCAAAAUUGUCAUGUUGAUGUUUGAAGAUGUAGAGAAGAAGAAGAAUUUCUCCAUUGUAAAAGCUUUUUUUUUUUUUUUUUUUGGUUGCCCUCACUACACUUAUUUCUAUUUUUUUUUUCUUUUGUGAAAUCAUGUGGUGUUCGUUACUCAGUAUUAUUGGUCUUACUAAAGAGAAAAGCACUUUCUAUCCGAGGUU